CGGCCCCUCCGCAGCGCGCGCGCACACGCCGCUCCGCGCCGCCGACGUCGCGACGCACCCGUGUGCGAUACGCCGAACCGCACCGUCGCUGCGUUAAACAUUUUCUUAUACACAAAAUCGCGGCCUUAUCGGUGUGCUAAACAUGUAUUAAAGAGUGCUAUCGGGAUUUUAUAACCAGUGUGUACGUAAUACGAUCUAAAAAUUGAUGCAUUGAAAGCUGUGGAGCUUACGAUAUAUAAGGAUUCAGCCCCAAAAGUGGUUAUUCAAACUGCUCGGGCGUGCGUCACACGCGGUAUGGAGACAGGGGCGGCGGUCGAGGAGUUCAUCACAAUAGUUCCGGUAGGCGACAAGCCGGUAGUGCAGGACUCUGCGUUCGUUACGGUGCUUACAGUGGGUGCUGCGGCUGGCGCCGCUAAAGUGGUUGUAUGUAGACCACGCGGAGCACGUCUUGGAUUAGGACUUAAGUUUGAAGGUGGUUCUGCUGCCGCUGAGAGAGUGAGAAGACUUUUAGUACAAUCAUGUGCAGAAGAAAGCCCAGCCGCUAACGCUACUACACCCUGGGGUAAACUGAUACCCGGGGACGAAAUUCUUGCUAUUGACGGAGUCACUGUUUCUGAAUUAACAAGGAUUGAAUGUGUUCGUCGUUUAAAAGAUUCAGAUGAGACCUUAGAACUUCUUGUACGACAUUUUGAAGUUGAGAAAGAGUCUAAACAAAACAUGGAACAUAAAGAAGAUAUUUCCGAUAGUAAACUUAAUUCUGAAAUAACUAGACCGUUGACAUUACCACCUCCUGUUCCACCAAGGAAAUUAGGAAAGAAGAACUCCUUCAAAGAUAAAUCUAUUCUCCAAACUCUUGGUGAACAGAACACUCUGGGUAACAUUGAAUCGAAAGAAAAUGAAAACGGUAAGGACACUCAAAGUUCUGUCACAACAUCUCAUUCAGUUAUCCCUAUGAUGACUAAGCUUUCACGAAAAUCAUCGUUUGACAGCCAUUUACAUAGACAGAACAAAGAAAGUAUUGCUUACCUCAGAAAAGGAUCACCCGAAGAAGUAAGACGAUUAGUACGGAGAUUGUCAGAUGGUAAAGCUAUACCUCCAGAGGCAGAAGUUUACAUAGAUUUGCUCUCUAAUGAGUGGGAACGGUGUCUUAUUUUAGCUGACGCAGAGUCUGAUGAUACUGGAAGUUCCAUUUCAACAGUUGUUGAUAGGUUGGGAUCAAUGGCUAGUUCUGUUGAAAAUAGUAUUCCAUCAACUCCUAUAAUGCAACCAAAAUCAAUAGAUAUUCAAAAAGUAUUAAACAGUAUUGAAAAUAUUGAUUCCGAUAUACUGAAAGAUAUGACCAGUGCAAAACUAUUGGAAAUUGAAAAUGAAUCUAGAAAAAGUGAGAAAAAGCCCCCUGAGAACGGAUUGAAACAUCGUGAAAUAACUAUUCAGAAUGCAUUAAUAGUUGAAAACACAGCAACAAAAAAGGUAGAACAGAAUGACAAAAAUAAUAAUCUUACUGAAAUUUCUAAACGAUACGUUGAGAAAAAUGAUUCUUCGAACACUAGUGAUAAGCAAUUGAAGCAAUUAAAUGUUUCGGAUAAGCCUAAACCAAUGCCGAGGAAUACGAAAGUUGAACGUUCGGCUAGUGAAAAGAAACGUCGUCCUAUUCCAAUUCCAGAACUACUUUCACCACCAGCGUCCGAACCUCUUUUAACAGCAACAAAGAAAACAUGUAUUGAAUCUUGGUUACAGAGAUCAGAAUUAGAAAUGAGUAACAAAACUGAAGAUAAAGUAGAAGAUAAUUCUGUACCGGAAAUUUUACCGCGCCUAAUUGAUUUUGUGCCUAAGACUCAAUACAAAGACAUUGGUAGCGAAUCACCAACCUGCACUCGUCCAACUACAGCACCACCGCCGCCCCCUGUCGAAACUCGAGAAGAUGGCUCUGGCGCAUCACUCGAUACGAUAGGAGAGUUGGAUGAAUCUAGUGACGUCACCGACAAUGCGAAACCGGCAACCGACAACGAAUCGAAUAAACGAAAGUCGUUGUACGAAAGAAGUUUUUGGGAUGAUCGUGUCAGCAAAAGUGAUGCCGAAGACAAAAGCCUUUCGAAUGAUGAAACGCCAUUACCGUCCUGCCCACGACAGCCUCCUGAUGGAGUGGAAACACCUUCUGAUGCUAUUGAGAAAACUCCAGACUUGCCCACUCGUCUACCACCACGACUCUCGACUGGAAGCGGUUGGAAUAACACUCGACCUCGGUUUUCCUAUACGUCGCGAACUCAAGAUGCAAGAAGUGAGGCUAGUGUAAAAGAUAAGAUUGCUAUGUUUUCCAAUGAUGUCGCAACAUCAACUGAUCGCUUAGACAAGUGCGGAACGUUGCCCAUUAGAUCGCAUUCGACUCUAAGGAAGAAUUCAACUCCAUAUCCGAGUAAUUAUUCUGAAGUGUCAUCCUUAGACAGACGCUUAACAAAAUCUCAAGAUAACCUUGAUGAAACACCUCGCUCAUUUAAACGAAAUGCUGAUAGACCUGAAGUUCUUGGUGCUUUAGAAAACACAAACCCAGAAAAAAAUACUAAGCGAUUUAAUCAACCAGAAGUAAGCAGUAAACCUCUGUUUUAUGGAAGUACAACAACCCUGCAAUCUGAAACAACAUUUAAUCGUCCAUCUUAUCAUGUCCGAAGUAUUAGUGAUGACAAUAGCAACAAAAAUAGUUCAACACAUAAGUCUAACUUAGAAUAUUUAAUUGAACAAAGGAAAAAGUCCAUGUCAAAACUGCGAGGAUUAGUUAUUCCCGAAGUACAAUCUCCUAUCGUAGAUUUGCCAGAGAUUAAAGUUCUAGACUCGCUGUCCAAAACAUUCCUGUAUAAUCCAUCGAACAAAGAAAUUAAAAAAGAAACCAGUUUAGCCAAGUCGAAAUCUAUAACAUUAACUGAUAAUAAGUGGAAAACGAACUUCAUACCAAAUAACAUUCCAAAAUACUCACCAGCGUUUAAGCGGAAAUCAUUACAAGUGUACACUCCUACAUCUUUAUCAAAAGAAUCUACACCAGAACGCAAAUUAUUCGAAAAAAUUGACGCUAUUAACAGAAAAACUAAUUAUAACAAUCCCCCUGCUUUGAAGCCAAUACGGAGUUCAUAUGAAUAUUCCAAAACAUCACUUACAAAAUCAGGUGCAUUAUUUAAUAAAGACUUAUAUAAAAGUAUUAACUCCAAUGGCAAUAUACAAGACUUUAAAAAUGUGGAAAUCAAAAUAUGCACGACGACAGACAUAAUAGAUAGUGACAAUGAUUCUGCAAUGAGUUCAACUCAGUCAAGCUAUCGUUCAUCAGCAUCUUCACCUAUGCAUACAAUAGAACAUGUAGAGUCUGAUAGUUCACGUUUAUCGCCAAGAAUUUCACAUUAUAAUAACUAUUCACUUAUCAAAUGUGAAAUACCUAAUAAAUGCACUACUGAUAAAACUUUUGAUGAUUACAAUAAGAGGAAAAUUUGUCGAUCUAUGUCUUCGGAUACCAACAUAUCACUUAGUUCUUCAGCAGGUUCAGCGGCAACUUCAGGGUCACAAGCAAGUUGUAGCUCUCUUGAAAGUUCUGUCGCUGACUCGGACAAGAGAAAAGUUUCAAAAGUUUAUAACGUUGAUACUAUUAAUAGAAGAAACAUUGUUGCGUCGGCAAAAUGUAGAAGUGGAAGAGAUGUCAAGCUCAAGUCGCCGGUUGUUGAAACUAAAUUCUCACAUGAGUCUCCCAACAGAUCUCCCAGUCCAACAAAUAAAUCGUCUGAUCGCCUUUCUACACUCACAUCAGCGGUGAGUGCUAUAGCAACUAAAGGUGACAGGCGACGAAAUAAAAUUAUUGUUGACAGUGAUUCUGACUCAGACAGUGAAGUUAAUAUUCGCCAGCGGAAAUCAGAGUUCAAAAAUACACGAUUGAAACGAAAUUCCAGUUUAUCAAACAAAACUAAACAAAAUGACAUGAUUCAAGACGUAGACAAAGGAGAGGUAUCGAAAUCUACAAAAGAUGAAACUGCAAAUGAAAUCAACAAAGGUUGUCUAGAAUACUGUGAUAGCGUGAAAACCGUAUCUUUGCAGAAGAAAAAUAGUUUUGGUUCAAAUCUGAAUAACAAGGAAAUAAAAAAAGUGGAAAAGGUCAGCGAAAUACGUAAUGUAUCUUCAUUUAAUGAAGCACGUGAAUCUUCUAAUAGCAAUAUUAAAAUAAAGAGUGCACCUUCUUUUACAAAAAAAGAUAAAAGCACAAGCCUUAAUCCUGUAAAUACUAAAAAUAGUGACCUUACUAAGACCUCGACACAAAUUUUCCGACUUAUAAAGGGUGCUGGCACUGGUGUGGGCUUAAUUUUAGCUGGAGGAAUUGAUUGUGAGGCGAAAGAUGUCACUGUACAUCGAGUUUUAGAAGAUGGCAUUGCUGCUAAAGCUGGAAUCAAAAGGGGAUCGAAAGUUACGAACAUAAAUGGCAAUUCAAUGUUAGGCUUGACACAUGCACAGUCUGUAACUAUUCUGAAGGAGCAGCGAUCAGAAGUUAUUAUUGAAAUAGAAAAUGUAGUCCAACAAAACGGAAAUCUUAAAGUAUACGGCUCUGAACACGCGGAGUCGACCGGAGACCAAACUGAUGCUGCUACCAGACAAGAUGUUGACAAAAAAGGCAGACCAGUAGUGACCGUUAUGCUCGAAAAGGCUGGUGGUGGAGCUGGUUUAGGUUUUGGCUUGGACGGAGGACGCGAUUCUCCUCAGGGCGAUCGCCCCCUAACAAUUAAAAAGCUCUUUGCAGGAGGCGCGGCCGCUCAAAGUGGACGUAUCGUAGUUGGGGCUGAGUUGAUCUCAGCUGGAGGACAAUCUAUGGAAGGAUUUACAAGAACGCAGGCUUGGGCUGCUUUAAAAGCAUUACCAGCUGGACGAGUCGCAUUGGUUCUUAGAAACCCCAAUUCAUAAAAAAUAUAAACUAUUAUCUUGAAAUAUUGAACAUACGUAUUUGAUCUUUAAUUUAUUUAAUUGGGCAAUGAUUAAUAUGUCUGUCUCGCACGAAGUAUGAAUAUCAUUUGUUUAAAAUCAUUUCUGUAGUACUCAUAAAAUAAGGAGUUUGUUUAGAUGCCUAAGGCUACCUGUUCAUCAGAGUGGAGCGAGACGGACUAAUGCAGGCCGGAGUUGCGUAUUGUAUCUGUCGACCGGAGCGGAGCGGAGUUGCAGACUAUGUUAAAUAAAUAAAUGAUAAAUUUAAUUUAUUUAACCUCGCUCCGUUUCCCCGCUUUCCGGUUUUAUAUGAAUUUUUAAAUUAGCUUGCAAGUCCCUGUCCACUUAAGAGGAGCGGAGAUUUUGUGUAAACCUCUUGGUUAAUAUUUCUCCGUUUCUCGGCUCCGCUGCCUCGCUCCGCUUCGGUCGACUUGCAGCUUAAUGUGGAUAUGUGAGACGUUCACAUUUUGGUACUCAAAUGACUGAUUUAGGAACGAUAGAGCUUUGAGGUUUUCGUUCAUUUUGAUGAUCUAUAUUCACUCUUUAGUCAGCAUUAGUAGAUGCAUUGUACAUAGUAUAUUAAUAAUGGUUAAAUCGACGAAAUUUUUUUAACCCAGCGUCGUUGAACAAUUAUAAUCAUUAAACAAAAAUUUGUUAUAAAACCUAUAAUUAAUUUAUUAAUUUGAAAUUGUUAAUACUAGUCUCGGAGGCAAAUGCGAAGUUUGUAGAUAUGUUUUAAUGUAUUUUAGGCGGCUUAUUAAAUUAUUAUGUUGAAUUUUAUUCGGAAUUAUUACCUACAAUUAUAACGACAUGAAAGUUAUUGCGUGCCAUUUUAAAUUUAUGUCUAAAGUUUUACAAUUUUGAGCAUUUCAUAACUAAUUCCGAUUUUUUCAUACCUGUAUCCUUAAAUGUAAAUUAAAUAAUUUACAUUUACAUAUAGGUAGUAGCUGAUAAAUAAAAACGGUAUUUCUAUAUAACUGAACUUUUUACACACAUAAUAUUAUAGAAACUCGUAAUAGAUUACACCAAUUAUCAAAAGUAAAUAAAAAAUAUCCGGAGUAUUUUAAGCUUAAUUUAAAAAAAAUGUUUAUUAUCAGUUAUAGUGACAUUUUUCUGUACUUUUCCCACACAGUUUUAGUAUGAGACCUUUAAAGUAGAUAAAUGCCUUUAAAGUGCUGCAAUUGACCAUUGACCCAUAUACCAGUGUUACACUGGUAAGUGGUCACCUGAUGUUAAGUGAUUACCGCCGUCAAUGGUUUGAACGGUAUAUAAGCGAUAAAAUUAAAAGUAUUAUGACUAUGUACUUACCUACUUUACUAUGUGAUUUUCUUCUGACGCUAAUAAAUUCUCAUUAUUAUUUAUAUUGUGUAAUACUGAAUUGAUGUAUACAUAGAAAAUAGGAACUUUAUACAAUAUUGUGUUUCUGUAUUGUCUAUGAAUGAACGCAAUUUUCCAGUAAUUUUCAGUAAUUUUUCCGUGUGACGUCAAAUCUUUUUCAAAAAUUCAUAGACACUAUACACAAUCACAUUGCGUCAUGUGUUAAUGUGGUGAAAAUAAUAAUUUAUUUAAGUUUAACUUGAAAUGUAACAAACCUUGUCUGGGGAGGUCACAAUCGUUUUUCUUUGUAACACAUAGGGCUUAACCAAAAACCUUCUGAAAAGUGUCGGAUAGCUUAUUCACAACUUUUGUUUUCUACUGUUUGUCCGCAGCACAAGGUUUUUUAUCUUUCUGGUCGGGCUAUACUUACUAGUAGAGGAUCUGUAUGUAAGACGGCCUUCAUGGACCUGUCAACCGGAGUACAGAUGAAAUUUAUUUAGUGAUGUUAACUUUAUUUUUUGAAAUAAAUUAAUUAUAUCAAUAAUUACCCUAGAAUGGAAGAGAAUGACCUUGAGUGGAGUCACGCACUUGUGAACUUUGUGUGUAGGGUUAAGGACGUCCUUUACGGUUAACCAACACUCCCCUUUCCACUCAAGUCACUCUCACCGCCUAUCCCAAGUACCCAUAAAGAAUGACAUAACAAGAAAUGUGAACUGUGGACGGCUCGAACGCCACGAGUCUACCGAAGCCGACAGUAUGACGAGCGCCUUAUAUCGCAAGUCGUUCCCGUCAACCGAUGGAUACCCCUCUCUAAAUCCCUACUAUUUACGAAACAAGUCGCGCCACCUGACGUCAUAUCCGUCUCAGACUACUAUUUCCUGCAAUAUAUUGUUUUGAUGUAAAAAGAUUUUUAUCUGGUUGACAGGUCGGUGAAGAUCAUCUUAUAUUCGGGAUCUAAGACUAUACUAAUUCCUAAAUAUUUAAUAAUAACUUACCCACAUUUACCUAUAAGUAGACACUCAGGUUUAUUUAAAAACAUUUACUGACAUGUUAUAUCCCGGUUACUUGCCAUGAAUAAGGUUUGUAAAGCCUUACUACUAUACUUAAUUAAUAUAAUUUUAGGCUAGUGAUUGUAAAUAGCUUCAAUUGUUUGUUGUAUUAUUAAUAAAAUUAAAUAUUUUUUAUACUUCAUGAUAUUGCAUGAUAUUCUGUAUUUUUUAUAUAAAUGUCAUCUUCAUCGUCAUCAUCAGUUCAUUGAUUCUGUUUAUGAAAUAUAUUUUUGAUUAAGUUUAUAAAAUAUAAUCUUAAAAAUAUAAAA